AACCACUUGCUUUAUUUUUUCCUUGCUUCUUGAACAAAAUCCAGUCCACCUUCACUUGAGUCAACCCUCUCAGUCAUUUCAACUCAACUUAGGUAUUUCCCGGAUCCCACGCCCCGUAUCUCUCGUAUGGCUGCCCGAUGACGAUCGACACUUCUUCUUGGCGCUCUCUUCGGCUUCUCCGCGCCUCUUGUUUGUUUGUCUCCCAGCCUCCUCCUCCUCCUCCUCCUUCUUCUUCUUCUUCUUCUUCUCCUCGUUCUUCGCCUUCUUCUGGCCUAACUCUUUCGUUAUUUGGCCUCUAUCGUCCUUAUUCUUUGAAGCGCACAAAUACCUGUGCAGGGUCAUUCUGCCUCUGAAACUUUCCCUUCACGUUCCAUGCCGAAGGUCGACGCCGCGGGGGACGGAGAGGCUGUUUCGGGGCUGCCUCGAGCGCCCGUCGAGGCUCGCUCACUAUCCUCAAUCACUGCCAUCGCCUCGAAUCCUCCCGCCUACCCCCGCAACCCAGCGCAAAAGAAGUUGGAUCCCCUGGUCCUGUACAUCGUGCGUGUGCCCGGUAGUAGAGAUGUUUUCCUCACUCCUUUGAAACCCCCGACCAAAUCGAGUGUCUCCGCAGAGGCCAUCAAUGCCUCCCUCUAUUAUCUGCACGUCGCCACUCCCGAAGACGAGGCCCUUCUCCAGGAAUAUGAGCAGGAGCGCGCAGAGGAGGCAAGGAAGCGCAAGGAAACCCAGGAGGAUGAUCCAGAUGCACCUCUUGCAAGCCCACCGCAUCUGGUGCGACUGAACAACGUUCGGCGCAAGCCUGUGCCAGGUGGUGCGAAUGCGGCGGCCUCGCCCAAGCUAGAAGCCGCUGUCGCAUCGCCUCCUCUUUCAGCUCGUCCUCUCCCAACCUCAUGGCAGUCGCAAGAAGAUCAGUCCCCGUCACAGACACCGAAUACCCUACAACGUCCGUAUCUUCCCUUUCGUCCUAGCUUUCAAGGCACUACACCUGGAGAACCCUCGCUACCUACACCCCCGCCCCACCUGUCACUUGAUGAUCGCGAAAGCAUCCUGCAGCUCGCUACUAGAAAUCCUUAUGGAGAUUGCACGUCCACGGUGGAGAAUAUGCAUCCACAUACGCAGCUUCCUGCUGCCCCGCAAGGGGAGCCUGCAGCCGGUGACACUGGUCAGGCGAGGAGACCUAAUCGGUGGAGCGCGGCGUUGUCGGGGUACAUAUCUCGUGGCCAGGAAAGCUGGAAGGAGAAGUACGAGGCGUUGCCGUCCAAUCGCAAUAGCUUAGACACUAGACGUCCUCGGAUGCGACCUGAGAUCCGGCCUCAUUCUGCACAUGGCAGUCCCUCGCAUUCCUUUCAGGGAUCGCCCGCACGGAGUCCAGGGCACUCUCCAAGUCGGAGACCGCAGGAGCAUCAACCACCCCGUGACAUCCCCGGAUUUCACAUCACCGUGAUUCGGCGCGAUCCAACACAUGGCAGUCAGUGGAAUGUUGCGACAAUCUCCACUCCACGCCUAGAUGGUAGCGCAUUUGACAUCGAGAUCUCUACUCCGGGUUACAAUCGAUUCUUAGCGCAGGACGAGCCCUUCUCUCUUGCCAGUUUGGGAGUGAACCUUUCCAAAGCUAACGGACGACCGCCGUCGCUGGCAUCCUUCAAGCUUCCGGCUUCGAUUCCACCGGGCUUCAUGGACCCCAUUCCCAGUCCCAAUCCUACGUCCGGGGUGAACAACCCUUCACAACCUCGGCGAUUCCGCCGCAAGCUCUGCGUUUCUCGGCCAUAUUUCCAAGACGAGCCCCGAGGAGGCUCUCUGGACUUGAACCGUGCGGCGCCUGACCAUGGUGGAAGCGGCAGUCCGUCCAAGGCACUGCAUUCGGGCAUGUCCAAGCUCAAGAGCGGCUACUACACAUUCACAUCUCCAUGGAACGGCAUCUGCACUUUCUCAACCAGCGUCAACGGCCGCAGCCUGAAAUGCAAGCAUAUGAUUCCCACGCACGGGGCCCCGCAUCACUCUCAUAGCCGAAGCAACGACAGCCAUCCUAACCCCUUUCCCUCUUCUACCUCGGCCGCCCAACAACCCGAGUCCCCCGCUGUCACCGUUGCUGAAAUCCGCUUCAACACGCCCUUCCAGGCCGGUCACAUCCAUCAACCACCGGGUCCGUCCCAUCACUCCCCCUUUGCCCUCAGUCAAACCACCCCCUUCCGCGACCUCUCCAACCCCCAACAAUUUACCCCGCCCGGUGAACCUAGCUACCUCGCCUCUCCACAAACCCCGACCUCCGCUACUUCGACAACCUCCAAACGCAACUCCCUCGCGCAAUUCCUCAACCCAAACACCUACACUCGUCCCCGUGCUCGCUCCGGCGCUAGUACCUCGAGUAUAGGAACCAGCGCUGCGAACGUAGGAGAUCACCCGCCCAAACAGCACUACCACAAACAACAACAUACCCGCAACCCAUCAGCUAGCAGCACCAGCAGCGGCGCGGGGGACCCAUUCGACGACCCCCACCACGUCAAGAAAAGGGAAACCCUCCUGCACCACCGCCGCGCCAGCGAAGACGAGCGGCUGGAUUUCUCUCUGGCUCGCGAACGCGCCGGUGGAGGCAUGCGCGGUAAGUCCGCCAAGCUCGGGAAGUUGGUCAUUGAGGACGAAGGCAUCAAGAUGCUGGACCUGGUUGUCGCCGCCUGCAUGGCGGUCUGGUGGCGGGGGUAUUAUUAUUGAGCUUCGAGAUUCGCCGGGGGCCCGGGAACGGGGACUGGACGGGGCCCCGGGGCGGGUUGCAGUCAACCACCCCUCGUCCUCUUCCGCCCCGCCCCCCUCUCCCGCCUGGGAAUACUCCAAUUGGGUUCUUAUGACUUGUCAUCUCCAUGCUUUUUGAAUCUAAACAGUCUCUGUGUAUCUGUGUCAUCUUACCGAUUUUGACCAUGGAAUGUCAGUUUUUAGGGGUUGGGCGAACUAUUUGGAUGAUAUUGACUCCGGCUUGGAAGGUGGAUUUGAUUGCUUUCACGUGAAGUAAUCAGUGGUUUGGUGGAAGGCCAGGUUGUGGCUGAUGUGUAUAGUAUAGUAGAAUACCAAUAGUACUUAUGACUGAUG